AUGACGCUCAGGAGGCGCUGGGCGUCCCUGAGUUGGAUGUGGUUGCUCUUCACCGUGGGCCAAUCUCAGAGGGUGGCCGAGGACAGGCCUAACAUCGUCCUGAUCAUGGCAGACGAUUAUGGGAUCGGAGACCUGGGAUGCUAUGGAAAUGAUACCAUCAGGACCCCCAACAUAGACAGCUUAGCCAGAGACGGUGUCCGGCUGACCCAGCACAUCUCCGCGGCCUCCAUGUGCACCCCAAGCCGGUCCGCUUUCCUCACGGGCAGGUACCCCAUCCGAUCAGGAAUGGUUUCCAAUGGGAACGACCGUGUCGUCCUCUCCCUCGGGGCCCCUGUUGGACUCCCCCAGAACGAAACCACAUUUGCAGCCUUGGUCAAGGAGCAGGGAUACAGCACGGCGAUGAUCGGAAAAUGGCACCAGGGCUUAAACUGCAACUCCCGAAAUGACCACUGCCACCACCCGUAUCGUUACGGGUUUGAUUACUUCUACGGCAUGCCAUUCAGUCUGUUUGACACGUGCUGGCCCGAUCCUUCCCGCGACGCGGAACUAGCCAUCAGCAGCAGAAUCUGGAUCUGUGUGCAGCUGGUCGCCGUGGCUGCGCUCACUCUCACGCUGGGGAAACUGAGUCGCAUGCUCUGCGUCCCCUGGGCCCUCAUCCUCUUCCUGGUUCUUUUCAUCCUUCUCCUGGGCCACUUCUGGUUAAACAGUUUCCAGUCGUCCCUGUACUGGGAUUGCCUCCUCAUGCGAGAGCAAGAAAUUACCGAGCAGCCCAUGAAGGCGGAAAGAGCUGGGUCCAUCAUGGUGAAGGAGGCGAUUUCGUUUUUAGAAAGGCACCGUGAAGGACCUUUCCUCCUCUUUUACUCCUUCCUUCACGUCCACGCGCCUCUCCCCACCACAGACGAUUUCAUCGGCACCAGCCAGCACGGCUUAUACGGCGACAAUGUGGAGGAGAUGGACUUCUACGUGGGCAAGCUCCUUGCUGCCAUUGAUGACUUGGGGCUGAGGAAUCACACGCUUGUCUACUUCACGGCAGACCACGGAGGACAUUUGGAGGCCAGGAGGGGCCACGUCCAACUGGGCGGAUAUAACGGGAUAUUCAAAGGAGGGAAAGGCACGGCCGGCUGGGAAGGCGGGAUCCGCGUGCCCGGACUCUUCCGAUGGCCCGGAAAAUUACCAGCCGGAGUAGUCAUCGAUGAGCCUACGAGCUUGAUGGAUAUCUUACCGACGGUAGCAGCUUUGACGGGAGGCAUUGUCCCCCAGGACAGGGUGAUCGACGGCCGAAACCUCAUGCCAUUGCUUCAAGGCGAGGUCCAGCGUUCAGAGCACGAGUUCCUGUUUCACUACUGCAGUAGGUUCCUCCACGCCGCCCGCUGGAACCCGAAGGACAGCGACGCCGUCUGGAAGGUUCACUACGUGACGCCCGUCUUCCAGCCGCCGGGCGCGCAGGCCUGCUACGAGACCACCUACUGCCAAUGCGUCGGGGACAACGUCACCUACCAUGACCCGCCCCUGCUGUUCGACCUCUCCCGCGACCCCUCGGAGUCCAGCCCGCUGACCGAGGACACGGAGCCGCGCUACGGCCUGGUCGUCCGCACGGUGGCCGCGGCCCUCAAGGAACACAGGAAGACGAUCACCCCGGUAGAGGCCCAUCUGCGGAAGGAAGUGAACCGGCAGGUGGUGUGGCUGAUGAGCUGUUGCCGGGUUUUUCCCUUCUGCUUUUGUGACGAGGAGGGCGAGGACUCGUCCGGAGAGGCCGCCGAGUGA